AUGAGUGCCAAGAAAGCUUAUGAGGACGGCCGUGUAAAGGUUGCCGAGGCAGACAUGGCCUUUCAGGACCACGCUCAUCUGCUGAAGGACAAGCAAGCUGCCAAACGGCAGGUUCAGACUUCGGAGGCCAAGUUAGCAGAGAUGAGGGUGGCCUUGGAGUCUGCGGUAACGGUGGCGAAGGAAGCCGAGGAGGCAAAGGAGGUGGUGCAGGUGGCCUUGGAAGAGUCAAAGCGGGCCAAGGUUUCGGAGAUCAAGGCUGCCGUUCGGGAAGCGGUUAGGAGCUAUCGUUCUUCAAAAGAGUUCAGUGUCCUGUUGGAUAAGGAAGUGGGCUCGGAGAUGGCAGACCUCCUUUAUUGCUUCAAACGGUACAAUCCCGGGAGAAAGCUAAACCUCAACUUCAUUGCCGAUCCUCCUCCUCUACCGGAAGGUCUUACCAAGGAGAUGAUAGAAGACUACGAUGGGGAGGACGCUCCAGAAGAAGUCGUAGCCGCUGAGGGCUCUGUUGCCGCGAAGAAGCUCCUGCCGAUUCCGCUGCCGAUGCUGCUGCUUGAUCUUUUGUAG